AUGAGCAGCGUCACACAUAAACUCCGCCAGCGGCGGUCCAUGAUGCGAUUUCUUAAUCAAGGCCGCUCCAUUCUCGAGUACAACUUCGAACCAAACGCCUUUUGCCCCCCCGAGGUCCGCAAUGCCAUGAAAACCCUUCAGUACAAAGCUAUGGUAGCCAUCUAUGACAUGAAGACCCUCAUGAUAACCCACGACAACCGAUACUUCCAGUUAUGCCCGCAAAACACGGCAUCUAUGGCCUACCAGCUCCAUAAGUCCUCCAUGAAUCGUCUCCUCGAAUGGAAAGAGGAUUGGAACUUCGCCGACCCGACCCUUGCGGCCGCCGCAAAAAUCCCCGGGACUCUCUCCAAUUCUGCGUCGACUCAAUCGCCUACGGAAAAUUUACCUAUCGACGAGUUUAUGUCCAGUUCCUUCCAGAGCUGGCGCCAGCUCCGCGCUGAGAUCGGACACCUUGCUUAUCGUCUCAUGAGCGACAAGCCACAUGACUAUGAGGAAUGGCGUGCCUGGUGGGAAGGAAAAUUUGCUGAUGAUAUGUGGAAGUGGGAGGUUUGCCUUGAGGGCCUGAUCCUACCUACCUGGGAGGAGAUCAUCGACGAUGUUUACCUGAUGAUCCACGAUCGAGUCGAGGAUGCCCAAGAUCUGGCCAACUCCUUCUACAUCAGCAGCCCGGUCUUGGCUUCGACGACUUGA